AUGUGUAGUUCUCAUUUUUCUCUGCGUACACCUAUCAUUGGUGAUAAAUUUUCGUCACGUCAUGGUCCAAAAGGUGUUUGUUCACAUAGUUUUCCAUCUCGUAUGACAAUUGGUAUGCUAUUAGAAGUUAUGGCAGGUAAAUCAGCUGUUUCACAUGGUUUAUGUCAUGAUGGUAUACCGUUUCAAUUUAAUCAUGAUUAUCCAGUUGCAGAUUACUGUGGACAAUUAUUAAAAGCUGAUUAG